GUUCGUGCGUGGAGGAGCGGGCUGGAGGAAAGGCCGCUCCGUGGGCACGGGGCUGCAGCGGGCCGAGCGGCUGGGCCUAGCGACGGCGCGGAUGGCGGACUCCCAGCUGUUUUGCGUGGCCGAGGAGCGCAGCGGCCACUGCGCAGUGGUGGACGGAAACUUCCUCUACGUGUGGGGGGGCUACGUGUCUAUUGAAGACAAUGAAGUAUAUUUGCCUAAUGAUGAGAUUUGGACCUAUGAGAUUGAUAGUGGGUUGUGGACCAUGCACCUCAUGGAAGGAGAACUCCCUACCUCCAUGUCAGGAAGUUGCGGUGCUUGCAUUAAUGGAAAGCUAUACGUUUUUGGAGGAUAUGAUGACAAAGGAUACAGCAAUCGACUUUAUUUUGUUAAUUUGCGAACAAGAGAUGGAACCUAUGUUUGGGAAAAAAUCACCAACUUUGAAGGUCAACCACCCACACCACGAGAUAAACUUUCCUGCUGGGUAUAUAAAGACAGAUUAAUAUAUUUUGGUGGCUACGGGUGUAGGAGACACAAUGAACUCCAAGAUUGUUUUGAUGUUCAUGAUGCGUCUUGGGAAGAGCAGAUAUUCUGGGGAUGGCAUAACGAUGUUCACAUAUUUGACACAAAGACACAGAGUUGGCUUCAACCAGAAAUUAAAGGUGGUGUUCCACCGCAGCCUCGAGCCGCGCAUACGUGUGCAGUUCUCGGAAAUAAGGGCUAUAUCUUUGGCGGACGUGUUUUGCAAACUAGGAUGAAUGAUUUGCACUAUCUAAACUUAGAUACCUGGACCUGGUCUGGAAGGAUUCCAAUUAAUGGAGAAAACCCUAAACAUCGGUCAUGGCAUACUUUAACACCAAUAGCUGAUGAUACGCUUUUCCUAUUUGGUGGACUAAGUGCAGACAAUAUUCCAUUAAGUGAUGGUUGGAUUCAUAAUGUCUUAACAAAUUGUUGGAAACAGCUUACACAUUUACCUAAAACAAAACCCAGGUUAUGGCACACAGCCUGUUUGGGAAAAGAAAAUGAAAUAAUGGUAUUUGGUGGGAGCAAAGAUGAUUUACUUUCCUUGGAUACAGGUCAUUGUAAUGAUUUAUUGAUCUUUCAAACACAGCCUUAUUCACUACUCAGGUCAUGCCUUGACUGCAUUGGUAAAAACGCUAUAAUUUUAGAAAGUCAGAUAUCUUUAUUACCUCCUAAACUUCUCCAACAAGUACUCAAAAAAAUAACAUUUUGGACUGCAGUUAAUCACCGAGAAGAACAAAGAGCCCAAAAAGAAGAAACAGAACAUAAGUAUCAGUGGAUCAGUAGCAAUUAAGUUGUUAUAUACUCUAUGUAUUUAAUAUGUUUAAACAUUUUAAUCAGACUGUAUAUUUACACCCCAGAUUGGAGGCUUUAUUUAGAAGAUAAAAUCUGAAACAAAAAUUCUAUGUUAAACUGAUUGUAUGGCAUGAGAUAUAUAGGAAGAAGAUGUUAAUGGCAGAUUAAUUUGUAUUUAUAUUUGUAAAUUAAUGUAAAUUAAUUUCCUUAUAAGUUGCAGAAAAAAAAUCUACUUUCUGAAAGUAAGUAUAAUUGUAAGAGACUUUAACUCACUGUGUCUUCUUUACUGGAAAGAUUAUACAAAUUUGAGAAUAAGAAAUUACCCCAAGGAUUUUAGAGAUUCCCCAACCUAAAGAUAGAUAGAUAAAAACACCUCAUAUCAACUUUCAGAAAGAAUCGAUUUUUCUCAAGUCACUUUAAAAUUACAUAAAGCUUCCCAUUAAAUGACUCAGUUAUUUAAAGAACUUCUCCUUAAAUAACUAAUACAGCUGGCCAAAAUGAAAAAAUAGGCAAGCACUGCUAUGGGAUUAAAUAUUGAAUUCCUACCUUUUUAGCACUUAUCUAGUAAAGUAUUCUUCCUCACCUUUGAGUAGGGGAAUAAAUGUCUUCAAUUGUUUUUCUGUUAGCUCUGAGUUGUUAGUUUGUCCCAUUUUAUAUGUAUAUAAAGACCAUGUUUGAAAGUGUCUAAAGUGGAGAUUUGUCAUACAAGCUUUGAAAUAUUGAGAGGCAGAAUAGUUAUUAACUUUAGAGAUACCUGAAGAUACAUUUUGCCUUGGGGGAAUACUUCUAAAGUAACUUUCAGUGAAUUAUGAAAUGGGAUGAUAACCUAAAUUUGCCUUUCUAGAAACCCCUCAUUUUGGCCCACACCAUUCUAGAGAGUUGGUGCUCAAGACCCAGGAUAUUCAAAAUAUGUUAUCUUCCCAUUUCUUUUCAGUAUUAACUGCCUAUAAAGAAAUGGAACACAAAUAUUUAUGUUCUUUAAAUAGUACUUUUGCCAUGGUUAAGAAGUCGUUCACAUAUCACAGUUGUACCCUUCCAUUGAAUUACUAAUAACAAGGAAUUACUAAGAAUUUGGUAUAUAAAAUUACUGUCUGCCAUACCACCAUGCACGUUGACUCUGAAAUUUAAAAUGUUGGAGUAAAUAUAUUUCUGUGUUGAAGUGCAUGUAUAAUUUAUAAUGGAAAUUACCGUAGUUUAUAGAUCUCACUACAUUGUAGAGAUAUAUUUUAUAUAUAUGUACUGUAUUUUAGACGUGUAAAGCUUCUAUUUAUGUAUUGAAAUAUUUUGUGUUUACAUUUUAUUUAUUAUACAAGCUAUAUAGAAUUACUAUUUUCCUAGUUUUGUUAGUGUGAACCAGUCAUAAGAAUUGAUUGUGCAAACAAUAUUUCAGUGUAAGUUUUCAUUUUUUCUUACUAUUUUCAGGCUGAAUAACAGAUUUAGAAAGUGAAUCUCAUAGGUAAUAUGGGUCUUAGAAGUAAUUAUUUUAUUACUGUGAACUUCAGUAUUCGGCAUUCUACAAGGAAAAAAUAUCAGAACAUAUUAGACAGUGAUAGACGACACUGAGCGGGACGAACACUUUUCAAAAUGGCUUCUGGGUUGUGUGAAAGCCUUCUCUAGCCUCUUAGAGAGGCACUUCUGUUUUUAAAUGGUUUACCUAAACACUAAAAGUUAGAUUAACCCCCUCAAAACACACACUCUUCGUUUAGGCUUCAGGAGAAUGAAAAUCUAUAUAUUAUUUAUGGCACACAAAACUGGUACUUUUCUUAUUUGACUUAAUAUAUUGUACUGCUUCAGAAAGUUAUAUGUCCUGAGGUAGCCCCAUAGUAGGAGUGGCAGGGAAUUCUAAUCUGAUCUUCAAUUUCCAAAACUUGGCUUAUAGCAGGGCUUCCCUGCUAUUAGGAGAUGUAGAAAUUCUAUGAGCUGGCAAAGCCAGUUUUCAAGAUCCCUAGUCAAGCAGUAUUCAUUCCUCACUUCUUAGCACUUAUGGUUUACUAUCUACUUCUGUGUUGUUGACCUGUGCAGUGUAUAGGAACCCAAGGCAACACCAGCUGCAUAACUUUAUCUCUUAACUCUCCCUUACGGGGGUUCUCUGUUUGAAAGAUGACUCUAGAGGGUUGACUUUUUUUUUUUUUUUUCCAGGUGGUUGACAAAAUAGGUUUCCAGUCUGAUUCUCAAGGAAAAAGAAUCCUGGCCAUCUUUAUUAUGUGUAUCAGGAUAUUCUUCCAGUUGUCAGGAAGGAUUCUUUUGAGAUGCAAUGAGAAGGCAGCCGUCUGCAAGGCAGGAAGAGGGCCCUCAUUAAGAACAAAGUCUGUCAGCACCUUGAUCUUGGACUUCCCAGGCUCUAGAACUGUGAGAAAUAAAUGUCUGUUGUUUAAGCCAUCUAGUCUAUGGUAUUUUGUUAUAGCUGCCUGAGCUAAGACCUGUCUGAGGUCCACAGUUUACAUUAAAGUUCAGUCUUGGUGGUGUACAUUUUAUGGGUUUAGACAAAUGUGUAGUAACAUGUAUCUACCUUUAUAGCAGCAGUCCCCAACCUUUGUGGCACCAGGGACCAGUUGGUUUCAUGGAAGACAAUUUUUCCACAGAUGGGGGGUGGGGGGGAUGGUUCAGGCGUGAUGGGGAGCGAUGGGCGGCAGCAGAUGAAGCUUCACUCUCGACCGCCGCUCACCUCCUGCUGUGCGCCCGGUUCCUAACAGGCUGCGGACCGCUACCGGUCCGCGGUCCGGGGGUUGGGGACCCCUGCUCUAAGACAGUUCUCUCAUAAAGAUGAACUUACUACCGCAGACCACC